AUGGAGGAGCGGCGGAAGCUAAAGCUGUGGUACAUAGCAGCGCUGGUGCUCCUGAUCAUCCUGACAGUGAUGAGAAUGAAGGCACUGAAGGACCCCCAUGGCGCGAUGUUGCUUAUGCUUGUCGACACACUGGCCCUGCUGGGCCUUUGCCUGGACAGCGACCACGACAUGCAGUGCUGCAAGAACUGCGGCAUAAUGGCCUUCAUUGGUGGCGCGCUGGAUGCGAGCAUAGCCGUGGAAGCCUACAGCAAGGCCAAAGUGGAGUUUUCCUGGACCUCUACGCCUCAUAUUUGGGUCUUCUUCAUCUCGCAUCUGGGCUUCGCAGCGGCAGAAAUUGCAUGGGCGGCACUUUGCUUCGUCGUGUGCUCGCGAAUCGAAGACCAGGCCAUCAGCAUGACCGAGGAGGUCUACAUAGCAACACAGGAGGAGGCUCGGGUAUACGGUGCUGCCCUGCAAUGGUCGGAGCGGCGUGGCGGGAUGGCGAGUCCGACGUCGCUGGUCAAGGAGGAUGGUACUUUUGCCUUAGCGAUCGGCUGGUGUGGUAUGAUUGAGCAUGUUCAGGCACAGCUCUCCUUCGGAACAACCUUCGUGGCACCUCCAUCGUCCCGCACCUCUCAGGCAGUGCGAGUGGAUGGGGAAGAAAGUGUGUGGUUUGUCUUGCGGGAUUUCCGGGAUCAGUGGGGCGGGGGGGCCGGCAACGUAUGGAUGCUCUCAGCCCCGCCGCAGGCUGGCUUCCUCUUGGUGGAGCCCGCGCACGCCAACGUCUGGUGGGAGAUCUUCCCAUACUCUGUCAGCAUCUCCUUCGCAAUCAUCUGGGGCACGAAAUCAACCAGUGAAAAGACCGUGCUCGUACGGGCAAAAGCACACAAGACACUGCCGUCGAAGUCAGGCCCUGGUGUCAUGACUCCGCCUUUGAGCGCCGCUGGCCACCAGGAGAGUGCCGAUGCAAUUGCAAAUUACUGCCAGCAUGUUUCGUCUCAGUGGAUGCAUACGGUCAAGCUUGACUCGUUCUGCUUGGGCAGGUGCAUGGACCUGGUUGGGCAGGUGCCUUGGCAAAGCACAGCCACGAAGCAGUCGCUAGAUGGUCUCUCUUGGUGGUGCGUUGAUGACAUCUUGCAUGGUUCCUUUGCCGUACACAGAGCUGCCUUGAUCUUCGCGGUCUCCUGUCGUGCCGCAGCGGAUAUCAGCAGUCAGCAUGAGUCUGCCUACUGCACCUUUGAAGAGCUUGAGAGGCACCGCGAGACCGCUGUGGAUCUUCUGCGGGAGGACUGGGAUGCCGUUGCGAGGCCUGAGAGCUUCGCCGUGCAGCAGGAGCAGGACCAGGAUCGCAGCGGGGACCCAUUGGACGAAGUCUUGGCAUGGCUGAACGUGGCAGAUCUGGACCAGGACGAUUUGCAGAACACACCUGAAAGAGGGACGGCUGCGGCUGCAUUCCCUCAAAGACCUCUACGAAGAAAGCAGUCCAACUACUGCGCCGGAGAGGAGGAGGAGUUGAUGCCUGGUGUGGAUCCUGAAGAGCAGGAGUGGAACCGCCGCUUUCAGCGCACUGGGGCCGCCGGCAGAUUGGUGUCCUACCAAGCUGGAGACCGACCUUCGGACGACUUCAUCCUGCGAGGUGGUGGUGAGCGGAGAGUCGUGGUGUCCUCCGUUCGGCGCUGCGGCUUAGCCGAAAAGGCCGGCGUCAAGUCCGGGGAUAUCUUGGUGUCCAUCAACGGCAAGAAGGAUUUUGCUGGGUCCUCGGCUGUGGACAUCCACCGGAGGAUGCGGGCGCCGGUAACUCUGGUAUUCCUGGGCUUCAUCGGCAAAUGGCAUGCAGAGGUGCGGCUGAACACCAAGGAGCGCUUGUGUGGCUUGCAAUCGGAGAUGCCCAUAGCCGUGGGCCGACCCGAUGCACCUCUGCAGGUCUAUGAGGAGAUUGUCUUCCAGCCCACCACAGCGCCACUACUGCUCGCGGUUCCGCCCGAGAGUGGGUCCAGGCCGAAGCUCCCACUGCCCCAGGGAGACAUGGGAGACGUGGACGAGGUGGACGACUCCAAGGAUGUAGCUUCGGACGCCACGCCCGAGGAUGUGCUGGAUUUGGCAAGGAGCCAGUCGACUUCUUCUCAGUCGGGCUGGCAGAGUCGUGCCUCAGAACCACACGUAGAGCCUCAAGAGGGCGAGGGUGCCAGCCUGGUUACGCCCCGCACCAUCCAGGCGCCGGUUUCCGCCGUCUACGAGCUCCGGGGCAAGGAGGCCAAGCGAUUGGUGGAACAGAUCAAAGCUGAAACCCGAAGCACUCUGCCCUUGCUGACCUGCGAAUCCCGACCGGUAACGUACGAGGAAGAGGAGGCCAGCCCAGUGAUCCUCAGGUCGCUACCGCCCAGGUUUGAGACCUUUGCGAGAACAGCGCAGGAGCGACGGAAGAAAGAUGCGAAAGAUGCUCUUCCCGAGCUCUGCGGCCUGGAAGCCUCCUGGUUGUGGGGGCGCUGUGAAAGGUAG